CUCCCCUCCUCGCAUGGGCAUCUCCGCUUCCCUCUGCUCCAAUCCCCCUCUUUCCCACCCCUCCUCUCCCUCCAUGCUCCCCACCCCUCCUCCGACCUUCCCCGCGACCCCACCGCCGACCUCCCCGACGAGAUCCUCGUCCUCAUCUUUAACUCCUUGUCCUCCGCCGAUCGCAAGCACUGCUCCCUUGUAUGCCGCCGCUGGCUUGCCGUUGAAGGCCAGAGCCGCCACCGGCUCUCCCUUGACGCUCGCGCGGGUCUCCUCGUCGCUGCGCCGGCCCUAUUCUCCCGUUUUGACUCCGUCUCCAAGCUUGCCCUCAAGUGCGAUCGCCGAUCGGAUAGCAUCGGCGAUGAAGCCCUCAUCCUCAUCUCCCUCCGUUGCCCUAAUCUCACCCGUCUUAAGCUUCGCGCUUGCCGCGCUCUCACCGCUGAUGGCAUGGCCGCGUUGGCAAAGCACUGUCCUAGUCUUCGACGGUUCUCUUGUGGCUCCUGCGCGUUUGGUUCCAAGGGAAUCGAGGCGAUCCUUGGCGGCUGCCCCCUUCUUGAAGAGCUCUCGGUCAAGCGCCUCCGCGGUCUGGGUGAUGCCGUGGAGGUUUCUAGCCCCGGCGUUGCUGCAGGCUCACUCCGCAGUGUCUGCCUGAAGGAGCUCUACAACGGUCAGUGCUUCGGUCCGCUCAUCGCUGGUUGCCGGAAUCUCAAGACUCUUAAGCUUUUCCGGUGCUCCGGCGACUGGGACCCUCUUCUUGAGCAGAUCGCCAGCCAUGUCCCCAGGAUCGUUGAGAUCCACUUGGAAAAGCUCCAGGUCAGUGAUCGCAGCCUCUUUGCUCUCUCAUCCUGCGCUGAUCUUGAGGUGCUUCAUCUCGUAAAGACCCCGGAAUGCACUGAUGCCGGUCUUGCGUUGCUUGCCGAGAAAUGCGUGUUGCUUCGCAAGAUUCACAUUGAUGGAUGGAAGACUAAUCGAAUUGGCGAUGCUGGGCUGAUUGCAGUAGCUCAGCGAUGCCUGAAUCUCCAGGAAUUGGUGUUGAUUGGAGUCAACCCGACGGCACUGAGCCUGGGGAUGAUUGCUAGCAAUUGCCGGAAUCUUGAAAGAUUAGCUCUUUGUGGCAGUGAGACAUUCGGUGAUCCUGAGAUUUCUUGCAUUGCUGCUAAGUGCUUGGCGCUUAAGAAGUUGUGCAUUAAAGGGUGUCCUGUUUCAGAUCAUGGAAUGGAGGCAUUAGCAGGAGGGUGCCCAAAUUUGGUCAAGGUCAAGGUUAAGAAAUGCAAGGGGGUCACAGCAGAGGGUGCCGACUGGUUGCGGGCAAGCAGGGGAUCGCUGGCUGUCAAUUUGGAUGCUGUUUUAGUGGAAUUACAGGAAAGCAGCAUUAGUGACAGUGGCAAUUUGGCUGAACAGAUUGCAGCCAUGGAUCUUCCAUCAAGCAGCAACGGAAGGUCAGUGCUUUCAAAAGCUAGGGUCUUUAUGGCGUCUACUUUGAGGAGAUUGUCUCACGGGAAUAGCAAUCCUCAUCACUCGUAAAAAGGAUAAAGGGAAGAACAAAACUCAAACUUGUUUAUUGUACUGUUCUUUGAAGCACUGAUCCGUUUCCUGUUGAUUAAUUGCUUGUGUUUGAAGAUGCAGUGUUUUUUCUAUAAAUUUCUGUUGAAUUAAACUACGUGUCAUUUGCUACUAAAUCAAUUCUUCAUCACUUCUUGUUGCUUGUACACUGAAUGUGUGUGUGUGUGUCAUUAUGUCUUUGUUGGGAUUGUUUGGAUGAUUUAAUUUUUUAAUUGUAGCUAAUUGGCACAGUUUUUUUUAAA